CGAGCAAUAUCAAUAACUCAAAACAGAAAAUAUGAACAACCAAGACAAAAUCAUGAUCGAGAAGGAGACCACCGACAAGAUCGAGAUCAAGACCAAGAACGGCCUCAACGAACAAGAACAGGAAGUCAAGAUGGACAACAUGAGCGACCUAGACAAAACCACGAAUGGCCUCGGCGAAAAAUGGCCAGAACCAAUCAUCCGGGUGCAGUCCCUGGCCGAGAGCAACCUCGCCACCGUCCCCGACCGUUUCAUCAAGCCGCCAUCUCAACGCCCUAAUGAAACCAUCACUAUUAAUCAACAACCGGAAGAUGGCGCCAUAAAUAUCCCAGUCAUAGACCUAAGCAGCAUCUUAUCCGGCAAUCAAAAGGACAAGGAGAGGAUCUCGGAAGCAUGCCGUGAGUUUGGCUUCUUUCAGGUGAUCAACCAUGGGGUGAGGCCGGAGCUGAUGGCCGCCGCUAGAGAAGCUUGGAGAAGCUUCUUCCAUUUGCCUGUAGAAGCCAAAGAAGCUUACUCAAACUCCCCAAGUACCUAUGAAGGUUACGGAAGCAGAUUGGGCGUGGAAAAAGGAGCACUUCUUGAUUGGAAUGAUUAUUACUUUCUCAAUUUUCUUCCGCUUGCCUUGAAGGAUCUCAACAAAUGGCCUUCUUUACCAUCAAACAUUAGAGAAGUGGUGGACGAGUACGGUGAAGAACUAGUGAAGCUAGGCGAGAGACUUAUGAGAAUAUUAUCGUCAAACUUGGGAGUAAAUGAAGAACAACUUCAAGAAGCAUUUGGUGGAGAAGACUUUAGUGCAUGCAUGAGGGUUAACUAUUACCCGAAAUGCCCUCGACCAGAGCUUGCCCUCGGCCUCUCUCCUCAUUCAGAUCCCGGCGGCAUUACCAUCCUCUUGCCGGAUGAUCAAGUCGCCGGCCUUCAAGUCCAUCACGGUGACACGUGGAUUACCGUCAAUGCUCUCCCCAACGCCUUUGUCGUCAAUCUAGGCGAUCAAAUGCAGAUACUAAGCAAUUCGAUAUACAAGAGUUCGGAGCAUCGUGUGAUAGUUAACUCGCAGAAAGAAAGGGUUUCACUUGCAUUCUUCUAUAACCCUAAGAGUGACAUUCGUAUCCAGCCACUGGAACAACUUAUCAGCUCUACAAAUCCUCCUUUAUAUCCUCCCUUGUCCUAUGAUGAAUACAGACUCUUCAUUCGAACUCACGGUCCACGUGGCAAAUCCUAUGUUGAGUCUCAUGUAUCCCUCGUUAAUGGAUAAAGAGACGAAAUGCUACUUGGUGAGGACGUCGAGGUUAUGGAGAUAUCAGAAAGAUACUAGAAGAUGCUAAGGAUCGACGGAGAUAUAUAUAUUGGAGAUCAGAAUGAAUCAAUAAAAUAUCUAUAAUACUAUCGUUGUUUAUAGUUCGUGUGAUUUGAAUAAUUUGUGGUUGCUAUGUAUUUUCAGUUAUUGUAGUAUCAAAUAUAUAAUAUCAAUUAAU